GGGUCACCGGGGUUAAUGGUGGCGCGGGGCGCGCUGGAGUCGCUGGUGUCGCAGGUGUCCCCACGUGUCCCCACGGGUGCCGUCCGUCCCCUCCCUGCAGGACCAUGACGACGGGGCUGCCCCUGCUGCUGCUGGCACUGGCGCUGCGGGGGGGGACGGGGACAACCCCUGGGUCCCCCCCGGGUCCCCCCUGUGGGGCGGCGGCGCUGGUGGCCAUCCUGGGGCGCCUGCGGGAGCUGGAGGGACAAGUGCGGGCGCUGCAGGGACAGUGCGGGGACAGCCAGGGACCCCAGGCUGGCACCGGACGGACGCUGGCUCGGGAGCUCUGUCCCCCCCCCGGCGGGGAGGGCUGCGGCUGCCCCUCCCCCCCCGCCCCUCCCCCCCCCCGACCCCUCCCCCCCCCGCCCCCCCCCUGCCCCUUCGGCUGCAGCGACCAGGGACGGUGUCGCGGGGGUCGCUGUCGCUGCUUCCCCGGUUUCACCGGCCCCCACUGCGCCACCCCCGCCUGUCCCCCCGGCCGCGGCGGGCCCCGCUGCGCCAUCGAGAUCCCCUCAGUGACACUGCGCUUGGCCACCCGCAACCAGACGUCCUUCCGUGUGACCUGGCCCCGUCCCCCCGUGCCAGUGGAUGGCUACCAGGUGGCCCUCAUUCCCCUGGACGAGCCAGCGGCCAUGACCACCCAUGAGCUGCCUGGCUCUGCUGUCACCUUCGAGGUGACAGGGCUGGCACCUGGACACACCUUCGAGCUCUUCAUCCAGGCCCAGCGGGAGAAGCACCUCGGGGCGCCUGGCACCCUGCGCGUCCGCACCCUGCUUGCCCAGACUCUGCCCACCCACGGGGGUUCUCCAGGGUCCCCUCAGGGUUCCCUGGGGUCCCCGGCAUCACCAGUGGCCCCAGCGUCACCAUCAUUCCAAGGGUCUCCGGCAUCCCCAAGGUCCCCGGGGUCACCAGAUUCCCUGGGAUCACCAGCAUCACCACGGUCACCGGAUACAUCCUUGGGGUCACGAGGGUCUUUGGGGUCCCCAGCAUCUCCAAGGUUUCCAGCGUCCCCAGUAUCUCGGGGGUCCCCAGUGUCACCAGAGUCCCCAGCAGCACCAGCAUCCCCAGAAUCCCUGGGGUCACCAGUGUCCCCAGAGGCACCAGCAUCCCCAGUGUCCCCAAGAUCGCCUGCAUCUCCACGGUCCCCAGCAUCCCCACAGUCUCCUGUGUCACCUCCAUCUCCGUGGUCCCCGGUGUCCCCAGCAUCCCCACUGUCCCCAGUGCUCCCAGGUGGCCCAUCCCUGCAUGACCUGGGGGCCAAGCUCUCCUCCUACAAUGGCUCCUUGCUGCAGCGCCUGGAGAGCCACCUCCGGGCUACAAACUUCCCCCUCCGGGGCAACCAAACGGUGCCAGCGGUGGCCCGUGCCAUCCUCUCCUACCUUCUGCGCCGCAGCCCGGCCCCGUUGCGUCAGCAGCUCCUCCGCCAGAUCCCCCAUCCCAAGCCCCAGUUGAUGCCAGGGGCUGCCGGUGAGGCUCUGGUGGACCUGGAUGGGCUGCGGGGCCAUGCAGAGACUGUGGUGAUCCGUUACCGGCUCCUGGAAGAGCCGGAGGGGGCCGAGGGGGAACUACAGGUGCCAGGGGACACAGCGGUGGCCCGGGUGCCAGGGCUGGUGCCGGGGGCCAUGUACCGGGUAGAGGUGCACGGCGUGGUACGGGGGCACGUCUCCAAGUCCUACACAUUCCUGGUGACGGCAGGGGCAGGUGGCACCGAUGAACGCCCGGUGGACUGGGAGCACAUGUAUGAGAUGGAGUUGACCGAGCCCCAGGGUGCCGUAGCCAAAGCAGUGCCAGCCCCGCCGUUGGAGGAACCAUCACCCCGACCCCGCCUGGGUGGGCUCAUGGUCACUGAUGUCACCCCUGGCUCCGUCCAGCUGGAGUGGAAUGUCCUUGAGGGAACCUUUGACUCCUUCACGGUGCAGUACAGGGAUGCCCAAGGCCAACCUCAGGCACUUGCAGUUGAUGGCGGGUCCCGCACGGUGACCGUGCCUGGACUGUCACCAUCCCGGCGCUACAAGUUCAACCUGUACGGGGUGUGGGGUCGGAAGCGGAUUGGUCUUAUCUCCAUCGAUGCUGUCACAGCCCCGUCCCCGCCAAAGGAGGAACCACCAUCGCAGCCGAUCCUGGGUGAGCUGACGGCCUCCCGGGUGUCCCCCGAGUCCGUGGAGCUGGAGUGGAGCGUCCCCGAGGGCACCUUUGACUCCUUCACGGUGCAGUACAAGGAUGGCCAAGGGCAGCCCCAGGUGCUGCCCGUGGAGGGUGGUUCGCGCAGGGUGACCGUGCCUGGGCUGUCACCGUCCCGGCGCUACAAGUUCAACCUGUACGGGGUGUGGGGUCGGAAACGUGUGGGCCCCAUCUCCACCGACGCCGUCACAGCUGCGGCCGAGCCAGAGGAGGAACCACCAUCGCAGCCGAUCCUGGGCGAGCUGACGGCCUCCCAGGUGACCCCCGAGUCGGUGGAGCUGGAGUGGAGCGUCCCCGAGGGCACCUUUGACUCCUUCACGGUGCAGUACAAGGAUGGCCAAGGGCAGCCCCAGGUGCUGCCCGUGGAGGGUGGUUCGCGCAGGGUGACCGUGCCUGGGCUGUCACCGUCCCGGCGCUACAAGUUCAACCUGUACGGGGUGUGGGGUCGGAAACGUGUGGGCCCCAUCUCCACCGACGCCGUCACAGCCCCGUCCCCGCCAAAGGAGGAACCACCACCGCAGCCGAUCCUGGGCGAGCUGACGGCCUCCCAGGUGACCCCCGAGUCAGUGGAGCUGGAGUGGAGCGUCCGCGAGGGCACCUUUGACUCCUUCACGGUGCAGUACAGGGAUGGCCAAGGGCAGCCCCAGGUGCUGCCCGUGGAGGGUGGUUCGCGCAGGGUGACCGUGCCUGGGCUGUCACCGUCCCGGCGCUACAAGUUCAACCUGUACGGGGUGUGGGGUCGGAAACGUGUGGGCCCCAUCUCCACCGACGCCGUCACAGCUGCAGCCGAGCCAGAGGAGGAACCACCAUCGCAGCCAAUCCUGGGCGAGCUGACGGCCUCCCAGGUGACCCCCGAGUCCGUGGAGCUGGAGUGGAGCGUCCCAGAGGGCACCUUUGACUCCUUCACGGUGCAGUACAAGGAUGGCCAAGGGCAGCCCCAGGUGCUGCCCGUGGAGGGUGGUUCGCGCAGGGUGACCGUGCCUGGGCUGUCACCGUCCCGGCGCUACAAGUUCAACCUGUACGGGGUGUGGGGCCGGAAACGUGUGGGCCCCAUCUCCACCGACGCCAUCACAGCCCCGUCCCCGCCAAAGGAGGAACCACCAUCGCAGCCGACCCUGGGCGAGCUGACGGCCUCCCGGGUGACCCCCGAGUCUGUGGAGCUGGAGUGGAGCGUCCCCGAGGGCACCUUUGACUCCUUCACGGUGCAGUACAAGGAUGGCCAAGGGCAGCCCCAGGUGCUGCCCGUGGAGGGUGGUUCGCGCAGGGUGACCGUGCCUGGGCUGUCACCGUCCCGGCGCUACAAGUUCAACCUGUACGGGGUGUGGGGUCGGAAACGUGUGGGCCCCAUCUCCACCGACGCCGUCACAGCUGCGGCCGAGCCAGAGGAGGAACCACCAUCGCAGCCGAUCCUGGGCGAGCUGACGGCCUCCCAGGUGACCCCCGAGUCUGUGGAGCUGGAGUGGAGCGUCCCCGAGGGCACCUUUGACUCCUUCAUGGUGCAGUACAAGGAUGGCCAAGGGCAGCCCCAGGUGCUGCCCGUGGAGGGUGGUUCGCGCAGGGUGACCGUGCCUGGGCUGUCACCGUCCCGGCGCUACAAGUUCAACCUGUACGGGGUGUGGGGUCGGAAACGUGUGGGCCCCAUCUCCACCGACGCCGUCACAGCUGCGGCCGAGCCAGAGGAGGAACCACCAUCGCAGCCGAUCCUGGGCGAGCUGACGGCCUCCCAGGUGACCCCCGAGUCGGUGGAGCUGGAGUGGAGCGUCCCCGAGGGCACCUUUGACUCCUUCACGGUGCAGUACAAGGAUGGCCAAGGGCAGCCCCAGGUGCUGCCCGUGGAGGGUGGUUCGCGCAGGGUGACCGUGCCUGGGCUGUCACCGUCCCGGCGCUACAAGUUCAACCUGUACGGGGUGUGGGGUCGGAAACGUGUGGGUCCCAUCUCCACUGACGCCAUCACAGCUGCGGCCGAGCCAGAGGAGGAACCACCAUCGCAGCCCAUCCUGGGCGAGCUGACGGCCUCCCGGGUGACCCCCGAGUCCGUGGAGCUGGAGUGGAGCGUCCCCGAGGGCACCUUUGACUCCUUCACGGUGCAGUACAAGGAUGGCCAAGGGCAGCCCCAGGUGCUGCCCGUGGAGGGUGGUUCGCGCAGGGUGACCGUGCCUGGGCUGUCACCGUCCCGGCGCUACAAGUUCAACCUGUACGGGGUGUGGGGUCGGAAACGUGUGGGCCCCAUCUCCACCGACGCCGUCACAGCCCCGUCCCCGCCAAAGGAGGAACCACCACCGCAGCCGAUCCUGGGCGAGCUGACGGCCUCCCAGGUGACCCCCGAGUCCGUGGAGCUGGAGUGGAGCGUCCCCGAGGGCACCUUUGACUCCUUCACGGUGCAGUACAAGGAUGGCCAAGGGCAGCCCCAGGUGCUGCCCGUGGAGGGUGGUUCUCGCAGGGUGACCGUGCCUGGGCUGUCACCGUCCCGGCGCUACAAGUUCAACCUGUACGGGGUGUGGGGUCAGAAACGUGUGGGCCCCAUCUCCACCGACGCCGUCACAGCUGCGGCCGAGCCAGAGGAGGAACCACCAUCGCAGCCGAUCCUGGGCGAGCUGACGGCCUCCCAGGUGACCCCCGAGUCCGUGGAGCUGGAGUGGAGCGUCCCCGAGGGCUCCUUUGACUCCUUCACGGUGCAGUACAGGGAUGCCCAAGGGCAGCCCCAGGUGCUGCCCGUGGAGGGUGGUUCGCGCAGGGUGACCGUGCCUGGGCUGUCACCGUCCCGGCGCUACAAGUUCAACCUGUACGGGGUGUGGGGUCGGAAACGUGUGGGCCCCAUCUCCACCGACGCCGUCACAGCUGCGGCCGAGCCAGAGGAGGAACCACCAUCGCAGCCGAUCCUGGGCGAGCUGACGGCCUCCCAGGUGACCCCCGAGUCCGUGGAGCUGGAGUGGAGCGUCCCCGAGGGCUCCUUUGACUCCUUCACGGUGCAGUACAGGGAUGGCCAAGGGCAGCCCCAGGUGCUGCCCGUGGAGGGUGGUUCGCGCAGGGUGACCGUGCCUGGGCUGUCACCGUCCCGGCGCUACAAGUUCAACCUGUACGGGGUGUGGGGUCGGAAACGUGUGGGCCCCAUCUCCACCGAGGCCGUCACAGCUGCGGCCGAGCCAGAGGAGGAACCACCAUCGCAGCCCAUCCUGGGCGAGCUGACGGCCUCCCAGGUGACCCCCGAGUCCGUGGAGCUGGAGUGGAGCGUCCGCGAGGGCACCUUUGACUCCUUCACGGUGCAGUACAGGGAUGGCCAAGGGCAGCCCCAGGUGCUGCCCGUGGAGGGUGGUUCGCGCAGGGUGACCGUGCCUGGGCUGUCACCGUCCCGGCGCUACAAGUUCAACCUGUACGGGGUGUGGGGUCGGAAACGUGUGGGCCCCAUCUCCACCGACGCCGUCACAGCUGCGGCCGAGCCAGAGGAGGAACCACCAUCGCAGCCGAUCCUGGGCGAGCUGACGGCCUCCCAGGUGUCCCCCGAGUCCGUGGAGCUGGAGUGGAGCAUCCGCGAGGGCACCUUUGACUCCUUCACGGUGCAGUACAAGGAUGGCCAAGGGCAGCCCCAGGUGCUGCCCGUGGAGGGUGGUUCGCGCAGGGUGACCGUGCCUGGGCUGUCACCGUCCCGGCGCUACAAGUUCAACCUGUACGGGGUGUGGGGUCGGAAACGUGUGGGCCCCAUCUCCACCGACGCCGUCACAGCUGCGGCCGAGCCAGAGGAGGAACCACCAUCGCAGCCGAUCCUGGGCGAGCUGACGGCCUCCCAGGUGACCCCCGUGUCCGUGGAGCUGGAGUGGAGCGUCCCCGAGGGCACCUUUGACUCCUUCACGGUGCAGUACAAGGAUGGCCAAGGGCAGCCCCAGGUGCUGCCCGUGGAGGGUGGUUCGCGCAGGGUGACCGUGCCUGGGCUGUCACCGUCCCGGCGCUACAAGUUCAACCUGUACGGGGUGUGGGGCCGAAAACGUGUGGGCCCCAUCUCCACCGACGCCGUCACAGCCCCGUCCCCGCCAAAGGAGGAACCACCAUCGCAGCCGAUCCUGGGCGAGCUGACGGCCUCCCAGGUGACCCCCGAGUCCGUGGAGCUGGAGUGGAGCGUCCGCGAGGGCACCUUUGACUCCUUCACGGUGCAGUACAAGGAUGGCCAAGGGCAGCCCCAGGUGCUGCCCGUGGAGGGUGGUUCGCGCAGGGUGACCGUGCCUGGGCUGUCACCGUCCCGGCGCUACAAGUUCAACCUGUACGGGGUGUGGGGUCGGAAACGUGUGGGCCCCAUCUCCACCGACGCCGUCACAGCUGCGGCCGAGCCAGAGGAGGAACCACCAUCGCAGCCGAUCCUGGGCGAGCUGACGGCCUCCCAGGUGACCCCCGAGUCGGUGGAGCUGGAGUGGAGCGUCCCAGAGGGCACCUUUGACUCCUUCACGGUGCAGUACAAGGAUGGCCAAGGGCAGCCCCAGUUGCUGCCCGUGGAGGGUGGUUUGCGCAGGGUGACCGUGCCUGGGCUGUCACCGUCCCGGCGCUACAAGUUCAACCUGUACGGGGUGUGGGGUCGGAAACGUGUGGGCCCCAUCUCCACCGACGCCGUCACAGCUGCAGCCGAGCCAGAGGAGGAACCACCAUCGCAGCCGAUCCUGGGCGAGCUGACGGCCUCCCAGGUGACCCCCGAGUCGGUGGAGCUGGAGUGGAGCGUCCCAGAGGGCACCUUUGACUCCUUCACGGUGCAGUACAAGGAUGGCCAAGGGCAGCCCCAGGUGCUGCCCGUGGAGGGUGGUUCGCGCAGGGUGACCGUGCCUGGGCUGUCACCGUCCCGGCGCUACAAGUUCAACCUGUACGGGGUGUGGGGUCGGAAACGUGUGGGCCCCAUCUCCACCGACGCCGUCACAGCUGCGGCCGAGCCAGAGGAGGAACCACCAUCGCAGCCGAUCCUGGGCGAGCUGACGGCCUCCCAGGUGACCCCCGAGUCCGUGGAGCUGGAGUGGAGCGUCCGCGAGGGCACCUUUGACUCCUUCACGGUGCAGUACAAGGAUGGCCAAGGGCAGCCCCAGGUGCUGCCCGUGGAGGGUGGUUCUCGUAGGGUGACCGUGCCUGGGCUGUCACCGUCCCGGCGCUACAAGUUCAACCUGUACGGGGUGUGGGGUCGGAAACGUGUGGGCCCCAUCUCCACCGACGCCGUCACAGCUGCGGCCGAGCCAGAGGAGGAACCACCAUCGCAGCCGAUCCUGGGCGAGCUGACGGCCUCCCAGGUGACCCCCGAGUCCGUGGAGCUGGAGUGGAGCGUCCGCGAGGGCACCUUUGACUCCUUCACGGUGCAGUACAAGGAUGGCCAAGGGCAGCCCCAGGUGCUGCCCGUGGAGGGUGGUUCUCGCAGGGUGACCGUGCCUGGGCUGUCACCGUCCCGGCGCUACAAGUUCAACCUGUACGGGGUGUGGGGUCGGAAACGUGUGGGCCCCAUCUCCACCGACGCUGUCACAGCUGCAGCCGAGCCAGAGGAGGAACCACCAUCGCAGCCGAUCCUGGGCGAGCUGACGGCCUCCCAGGUGACCCCCGAGUCGGUGGAGCUGGAGUGGAGCGUCCCCGAGGGCACCUUUGACUCCUUCACGGUGCAGUACAAGGAUGGCCAAGGGCAGCCCCAGGUGCUGCCCGUGGAGGGUGGUUCGCGCAGGGUGACCGUGCCUGGGCUGUCACCGUCCCGGCGCUACAAGUUCAACCUGUACGGGGUGUGGGGUCGGAAACGUGUGGGCCCCAUCUCCACUGACGCCGUCACAGCCCCGGUGCCACCGGAAGAGAAGCCACCAACCCAGCCCCGCCUGGGCAACCUCACAGCCUCCCACAUCACCUCUGAUUCCAUCCAGCUGGAGUGGAGCGUCCCCGAGGGCACCUUUGACUCCUUCUCGGUGCAGUACAGGGAUGCCCAAGGGCAGCCCGAGUCGCUGCUCGUGGAUGGAGAGUCCCACACGGUGACCGUGCCUGGGCUGUCACCGUCCCACCGCUACAAUUUCUACCUGUACGGGGUGUUGGGGCAGAAACGGCUGGGUCCCAUCUUGCUUGACACCAUUACAGCCCCAGCUCCACAAAAGGAGAAGCCGCUGUCCCAGCCCCGCCUGGGCGAGCUGACGGCCCCUCAUGUCACCCCCGAGUCCGUGGAGCUGGAGUGGAGCGUCCCCGAGGGCACCUUUGACUCCUUCACGGUGCAGUACAGGGAUGCCCAAGGGCAGCCCCAGGUGCUGCCCGUGGAGGGUGGUUCGCGCAGGGUGACCGUGCCUGGGCUGUCACCGUCCCGGCGCUACAAGUUCAACCUGUACGGGGUGUGGGGCCGGAAACGUGUGGGCCCCAUCUCCACCGACGCCGUCACAGGAGCCCCGGGGACCCUCUGGGUGGGGACCGUGUGGCCCCGCAGCGCCCGGCUGCACUGGGCACCCCCCCGUGCCCCCCCUGACGGCUACGACCUCGUCUAUGGCCCCCCCGGAGGACCCCGGCAGACAGUGCGGCUGCCCCCCGAGGCCAGGUCCCAUCAGCUGUGGGGCCUGGAGCCAUCGGGGCGCUACGGGGUGCAGCUGUGGGGCCGGGGGGGGGAUACCCCCCCCACCCCCCUGGAGGCCACCAUUGACACCCCCCCCCUGCCCCACCCCCACCCCCGGGACUGCGCCGAGGAGCAGCUGAACGGGCCGGGGCCUUCGCGGGAGACCGUCGUCUUCCUCGGGGGGGACCCCGGGAGACCCCUGAGCGUCUUCUGCGACAUGGAGACCGACGGCGGGGGCUGGCUGGUGUUCCAGCGCCGGCAGGACGGGGGCACCGAUUUCUGGCGGGGGUGGGGGGAGUACGCCCGCGGCUUCGGCAACGUCACCGGGGAGUUCUGGCUGGGGAACGAGGCGCUGCACGCCCUGACGGCCGGGACCCCCACGGAGCUGCGGGUGGAUCUCCGCACCCCCUGGGACGCCGCCUUCGCCCGCUACCGCGACUUCGCCGUCGCCGGCCCCGAGGACCACUACCGCCUCCACCUCGGCACCUACAGCGGCACCGCCGGGGACGCGCUCUCCUACCACGCCGGCAGCCCCUUCUCCACGCGGGACCGCGACCCCCGCGGCCGCCCCCGACCCUGCGCCGUGGCCUACGCCGGGGCCUGGUGGUACCACAACUGCCACUACGCCAACCUCAACGGGCGCUACGGCACCCCCCGCCACCACCAGGGCAUCAACUGGUUUCCCUGGAAAGGCUUCGAGUUCUCCAUCCCCUUCACCGAGAUGAAGCUGCGGCCGCAGCGCGACUGAGGGGGUC